UAACGAUCGGAUUAUAUUGAUAGAAUUGUAUUUUCCAGAUAUCUAACGUUGUCGGUUGAGAAUCUCUGCUUGAGGGAAUCGUACUGAUAAGAAUGAAUUAUGCAGAUGAAUGUUGCGGCGAUGUCGCCGAUGUAUCAAACCGCCUCAACUAGCUCAUUCUCCUUCGUUAUCUAUUCAUUGACGAGCCCGACGUGCGCGACGUGAUCGUGGACCAGAAAUCCGGACUGUUCCCAUGUUCCACUUAUAGCAUUUGGUCCAAUCGCACGCGUCUGACUUUAGACGACGUCUGAUAGCCCCAGAGUCAACAUUACUCUCGAUAACGAUCGCGCGCAAACAUUUCUAUAUUUAUACGUUGAAAGCUCUGCGGGCAACUGGAUGUGCCCGCUCCUUCGGAUUUGUCGUUACUAAUCGUGCCAUCAAAGCCUUCCCGCUAUUUCCACAAGUGUAUUUGCAUCGUUCACUUGGAUAUGUCAAGUUGACGUUCAUUAAACGUUCCUGGAGAAGCUCGCUCUGGUACCGCUACACCGUCUGGUAAUACGCACAUUUGUCGCGAUAGAUAUCUAACAACCUCUGAAUAAAUCAGCGAUUUCGUGGGAAGGCCAUUCUCAUUGACAUACAUAUAUUGCCAGAAAUGCGUAGUCAUUAUACAUAAAAAAAAAUUACUAGCAUGAUGAAUACAAUAUGUCAUUACACUUCUCACGCACAAUAUAAAUUUGUACUAAUUAUAAGGCUCAAAGAGCUACCAGAACGAGGAACGAGGAUGUCAAAAGAAGACCGAUUUCGAGAAGCCGCAAGGUGGUCAGCUUGGUAUUCGGCACCGUUGCUAGUCGCCAGCGAGGAAACGGCGUCGCCCGGCUUCGCCACGGAGAACCCGGUAAGCCAUGACGAGGAAGGCCAGGGGUGGACGAGGGGCAACUUAAUGACGCCGCAUCCGGGAGUCGCCAGGACAUUGUACCUCGCAAAAAAGGACCUUAUAACGCGUCUACACAGCUGGACCCGCAUACUACGCUCGUCCGUGCUCGAAUGGGAGACCCCGAUCCAUUAACGGGCCGGCGCGAACAUUAAUAAUCCGCGCCUUCUCGCCCGGAUUGCUGGUGCGGACGCGCGAGCUGCAAGGUGGUGGCAACCUUGCCCAGGUGACGUAAUGGUAGCCGAUCCGCGGCGUAUCGGCUUCCUGAAGCGGUCUCGCGCGGUAGCCGCGUCUUUUGUGCCACGUCAAAGCUAAUCACACUUUGUGAUUUAUCCAGAUGGAGUCAAUAAAUCAGAUUCGGGAAUGCCAUGCUAGAUUAGGCCCGGUUUUUGUCGAGCCGCUGAGUAACAGCUGAUGACGAGUGAGAGAGAGCGCAGGUUGAAAGUCGAUAUGUAUGAACAUAAUUGAAGCUGCAUAAAUAUUAGAGAAGUACGAGGAAUUGACAUGCGUGUUAAAUAAAAACACUUU